AUGGAGGACGUUCACCCCAAAGUAGUCCACAUGGAAGAAAAUCGGGCAGGGAACAAACCAAUGGACAUAAAAAACAUUUACAAUAUAAAGAAGGAAGACGUAAUUGUGCAGGAAUACAUCAACAAGAGUAGCAACUCCACGAUCAACAUGUAUCAUAAGGACCAAGUGAAUAUUUACAUCGAGAAUAGUGACUUGAAUAAAAAAACGUAUAACUGUUACACAUGCAAUAUACAGAUAUAUAAUUACUCCUUCUUUCGGUACCACUUCAAGUCCGAGUGGCACAAGUACAAUUUGAAGAGGAAGCUGCUGAAUUUGAAGGCCGUCAACGAAGUGACCUUUAACGAGAAGGUGCACAACUUGACCAAAGGGGAGAACCACGCCUGCGGCAACAACCCCCUUAGUGGAGACCCCCCUAGCAGCAACCACUGCGCGCACAAGAAGCACAGCAACGGGAAGAAAAAAAAGGAGAAAAAAAACCACGCAGAACUGUGCAGCCGUAAGAAGGCGAACAACGGAAGCAGCUACACGAGCAACAAUUGUGAAGCGCAAAAAAUUAAAUACGCAACGAAGGAAGAUGUUUUAAUGACCAAAAAUGUAAAGUAUGACAACCCCUUGGUCUGCUUCUUCGACAACAGAAUUUUUAAUUCAGUAGAAGAAAAUAUAAAACACAUGAAUGAUAAUUAUACUUUUUACAUCCCUGAUUUGAAGUACGUUACCAAUUUGAAGAAGGUUCUUCUGACCAUAGGGAAGAAAAUAUACGAAGAGAACAUAUGUGUCUACUGCUUUCGCCAUUCCAAGUGCGUCAAAUCGUUACAGUCGCAUAUGAUCUGUAAGAGUCACACCAAACUGCAUUCAGAGUUUUUUAUUUUUAUUCAAAAAUAUUACGAUUUCUCAAAGUCGUACGUUGACCUGUUAAAUAGGUACAUUACUAAUAAGGAGGAUAAGGAGUUGCUUCUGUGCUUACUCCAAAAGAAGAGGAACAACCAAAUAGAGUCCAAGUGUCACCGCAGCUCGGAGAGAAGCGUGGAAGAGGAGGCGCAGCAGAAGCAGCGGGAAGAACAUCCCACAACGGGUUGUGUUCAGACGGCGCGGGAAGAUCGUUCAGACGUACGCCCGUCCAACGCGGAGGAAGCCAAACCCCAACUCGAUAAUGAAUACAAAAGCGAAAGCGACAACAGCAGCGAUGACUACAAAGUGAAGGAGGAAGAACUGAGCAAAAAUAUCAACUAUGACACCAUAUAUGAAGUCCUGGAACAGUUCGGAUACAUAAAACCUGAGCUAAAUGAGUACAACAAUUUAGUGCUUCCGGAUGGGUCGGAAGCAAUCAACAGAAAAAUUGCCUACAUUUUUAAGCAGAAAUUGCCGCUUGAAAAUAGAGCCACGUCCAAAUGUGAAAAGCUUGAUGUCUUGAAAAAAAGAGAGAGCAACCAGGAUUAUCGCAGGUAUCGGGCCUAUAUCGACGUCAUGAAAAAAUACAACUUGGAUUUGAAUGUAAAGACGAACGGCUUGAACAAGUUUUACAAGAGUGACUCCAUCUUCUUUUUAUGA